AUGGUAGAUCGAACAAGAGUUCCAAAUAUGCUCGAUACUUUUAUGUAUUAUAAUAAAAAUCCAACACCACCAUUUCCUGGAACCAAUUAUUGGUGUACACCAGAAUAUAAAUUAACUCCGAACAAUCUCAAUGUUAGUGAACCAACAUUACUUAUACGUGAAAAUCGAGCUAAACCCGGUGUUAAACUUGCUUUUACAGAAAAAGGAGCCGAAAGUGAUCCUCGUGUAUUUCGUGCUCGUUAUGGUACAUCGUCAGAUGUUCCAACUCGACCAUAUUAUGCUCAGCCAUGGCUUAUAGAUGAAAUUCGAAAAAUCAAAAAUUAA